AUGGAAGAGGGUCGUAAGCUGUAUGGGAAUCUCGGGGUAGCUGAUCUCCCCCCCAUAACAGCAGGCAUCCUUCGUGCUAAUUGUCAAAUGGGCACUCAGUACAAAGUGGAGAAGACUGGCAGAAGUUCAUACCAUGUGAGCCGUGACACUGGAGCCAAGGAGGAGCGUGUGGUGGUAUUGGAGGUUGCAAAGCCAGAGGAGGCGCAGUGCACGUGUAAUUACCAGAGGGAUGUACUGUGCGAGCCUAGGAGGCAACCUCGUGAACAUGAGCAACCACAAACUGGGGUGGGGGUGGUGGACGGUAGCGCGACUCACGCGGGGGAUGGUGGUGAGAAUGAAGGUGUUGAGGUAUCGGACGAGGAGGAGGACGGGAGUUCGGAGUCGGAGGGGGAGGGAGAAGAGCAGCCGGUAGAUGCGGGUGCUGGUGUCCAACAGGCUGUCCCAACAGUACUCCGUGAAGUUUUUGGCGAGGCAUUUAACGGGCUCAACACCUCAGGAACCAACAGAAACUUGCGCCCGGGGGGUGUGGGGUUAUCAAAUCCAACAGCGGCUGAGAGUGGGGGAUGCGGGGAGAGCGGAAGAGUAUCCGAGAGUGGAGGAUUGGGGGAGUGGGAAGGAGGAUACGCGAGCGGGGCAGAGAGGGGAGGAGCAUCAGCGGGUGGGGAAUGGAGGAGAGGAGCAGCCGAGAGUGGGGCGGGGAGGGCAGGAGCAGAGAGUGGGGCGGGGAGGGCAGGAGCAGAGAGUGGGGCAUGGAGGGCAGGAGCAGAGAGUGGGGCAUGGAGGGCAGGAGCAGAGAGUGGGGCAUGGAGGGCAGGAGCAGCCGAGAUCGGGACAGGGAGGGGAGCAGCCGAGAUCGGGACAGGGAGGGGAGCAGCCGAGAUCGGGACAGGGGGAGGAGCAGCCGGGAGCGGGGCAGGGAGGGGAGGAGCAGCAGGGAGCGGGGCAGGGAGGGGAGGAGUACCAGGGAGCGGGGGGGGAAGGGGAGGAGUAGCAGGGAGCGGGGGGGGGAAGGGGAGGAGUAGCAGGGAGCGGGGCAGGGAGGGGAGGAGUAGCAGGGAGCGGGGCAGGGAGGGAAGGAGCAGCAGGGAGCGGGGCAGGGAGGGGAGGAGUACCAGGGAGCGGGGGGGAGAGGGAAGUAGCAGUGAGCGGGGCGAGGAGGGCAGGAGCAACAGGGAGCAGGGCGGGGAGGGGAGGAGCAUCAGGGAGUGGGGCAGGGAGGGGAGUCGAGAGUGCGGCAGGGAGGGGAGCUGCAGGGAGCGGGUCGGGGAGGGAAGGUGCUGUAGGGAGCGGUGGAGUGGCGGGUGA